AGGGCUGACACAUUAAACGGUUUCCGUUGGGUGGCAGAGAGUGAAGAAAGUUGCCAUGUACAAACCUCGCUGAUAGGUCGGAAAGAUUGAAGGUUGCAGAGAGGGAUGGGAAAUCGGAAACAGAAAUGGACUUCGGAGGAAGAAGAAGCGCUAAGAGCAGGAGUAGCCAAACACGGCACUGGCAAGUGGAAAAACAUUCAGCAAGAUCCCGAAUUUAAUCCCUUCCUUUUUACCCGUACCAACAUCGAUCUUAAGGAUAAAUGGCGAAAUAUGAGUGUUAGUGCCGGUGGCCAAGGCCAGAGGGAAAAAUCACGGACACCAAAACCAAAAGUGAAAUCUGAUGAUCCUGCUACUGCUGCUUCUCCAAUUCCACUUUCCAAUCUACAAACUUCAGCCUCUGUUCCUCCAAUUAAUUCAGAUCUAGUCGUCGAUGAUUCUUCAAAAGGAAUAGUGGAUGGAAAAGGUGCUUCAAAGUAUAAUGCAAUGAUUUUUGAAGCAAUUUCAGCCUUGAAUAAGCAAAGUGGAGCAGACACCAGUGCAAUUGUUAGCUACAUCGAGCAAAGGCAAGAGGUACCACAAAAAUUUAGAAGGCAAUUAAGUGCAAGCUUAAGAAGAUUGGUUGCAAAGGAAAAACUUGAAAAGGUUCAAAAUUGUUAUACAAUAAAGAAUAGUUCCUCAUUAGGGACAAAAACGCCUACCCGAAAACAGAAAGACCAGCCUAUGCCUUUACAGAGCACUGGUUGCAUAAAUUCUGGUGAUACUAUGGAAGAAGCUGCUGUUGCUGCUGCAUACAGGAUUGCCGAGGCAGAAAACAAAUCAUUUGUUGCAGCUGAAGCAGUUAAGGAGGUAGAGAGGGUUUCAAAGAUGGCUGAAGACACAGAUUCCCUACUACAAUUGGCCAAAGAGAUAUUUGAGAAAUGUUCACAAGGUGAGAUUGUUCUUAUGGCAUGAGAUACAGAUUCAUCAAAGAAAGAUGACCCUUUCAACUAGAAUGCAUGUAAAUGUUGCCCUUUCUCUUCCCACACUUUUGUCAGAAGUUAUCAAGCUAAAGGCAAUGGUUGUUUUGUAGUGAUAAUUGUCAAUGUAAUUUUUCAAAUAGGGCUGGAUGAUAGUUCUUUGGAGAGUUUAAAAAUUUACAGGUUAAUAUCUUCCAUGGUCCCUCUCUGCUCUCCGGCUUACACUAAUAUUCCUAGGCGUGUCUUGUGUUGCAAACUGAUACCCGUUUUGCUUCCUUUUGUAGCUAUGACAUUGAAAUUAAUUGAUGUCCAAUAAUUAUGUAUGCAACUAAACUUUAUAUUCA